UCCGGGGGCGGGGAGCUGCGUGGAGGUGUGGGGCGGACUGCGAGGCCUUGGGAGCGGCUGAAUUACAGCGGCUGUGGAUGGUUGUAGUGAGUUCCUCCAUAGGGAGCUUCCCAUAGUUCUCUGACUGACAUACAGCCCGUUUGUCCUGCACCGAGGGGACCAUCGGCAGCAUGGCCCAGGCAUCGCCUGUCAAGGAUGCAGGAAUUUUCAUGGGAAGCACAGCCACUAGAAGAAGGUUGCCACUUAAGGGUGCAACUGGUAAUGGAGAAAUGGUAUCUCACUCUGAUUCAACUGAGAAGCCAAAGAAGUCACAAUAUUCUUCUAAGAAUGUUUUUUCUGUUGGCUAUGAUAAGAGUCUCUUUAGCAUGCUGACACCACCUCCUCAGACAAGAACUUGUCAUCGUUGUGGUCUGUCUGGGGCCUUCAGAUGUUCACAAUGUAAGCAAAUAUACUAUUGCUCUGUGGAUUGCCAGAAGAGAGACUGGUCAGUACACAGGAUUGUGUGUGAGCCAGUUAAACAGAAUUUAAGUAAUAGCAGUGGAGGCAAGUUACCUGCUAAAAACAAGACAGGAUUUUACCUUAAGGAUAAUUUAACAACUGAGGAUUCCUUCAAGACAGAAAAGCAUAUCAAGAAGAUAAUGUUUUCAGAUCUCCAGACUCUAAGACUCAAAAAAUCUAUGGAAGUACAGGGUACGGUAACAGAAUUCAGGAGUCCAAGUGAAUUUUAUAUACGGAUGAAUUCUGCUGAAGUUUUAGAACAGAUUAGCAAACUUUCUGUAAAACUGCAAGACUGUUACACUAACGCAGUUACUGAAGAGCAGUAUGUACCGGUCAGAGGGGAAGUCUGCGUGGCAAGGAAUUCUGUGGAUCAGACAUGGGGAAGAAUACUGGUUAAAUAUGUGGAUGCAUUGCAAAAGAAAGCACAAGUGUUCUACAUAGAUUGUGGAAAGGAAGAAAAUAUUCCACUCUCCUGGAUUAAAGCUCUGCACAAAAACAUUGAACUGCUUCCUCCAUGUGCAAUUAAGUGUUCCCUUGCCAAUUAUGAUCCUGAACAACAAGGAUACAAUGAGGGCACUGCUGCCUUUUCUUCCAAGCUGAUGGGAAAGACCUGUUCAGUAAUUAUUGUUGAUGUACUGCAAGAGGAAAUGAUGUCAAGUUUUGCUGUAGAUGUUGUUCUUCCAGAUUUGUCAGAAAACAAUUUUAAGGAAAGUAAAGAAGAAAUACCUGAAGAUAAAGAACAACGUUGCUCUGGAAAUAUAACUGCACAGUGUGUCUCUAUAUGUACUGGAGACACAUUUUCUGUUGUGGUUUCACAUGUUCAAAAUCCAGAAGAUUUUUUCUGUCAGCAGAUACGCAUUGGCAGUCGUCUUGCUGAGCUUCAGAGGCAUCUUUGCGAAUACUGCAACAAACUUCCAAGUAAUCCAAAUUUCCGACCAGUUGCUGGAGAGCUGUGCUGUGCCCAGUUCACAGAAGAUGAUGUCUGGUAUCGUGCUGCUGUUAUAGCACAUGCUUCUGAAGAUAACGUUGUGGUGGGCUAUAUAGAUUAUGGUAACUUUGAAGUUCUGCAGCCAACUAGACUUCGUCCGAUGACUCCAAAAUUAAUGGACUUGCCAGCUCAAGCCAUAAGAUGUAGCUUGGCAGGUAUCAAGCCACCGUUGGGAGCCUGGACCUCAGAAGCUAUUUCUCUCAUGAACCAAUUAGUAAAAGACAAAAUGUUCACAGUGAAAGUAGUGGAUAGAGAGAGUUGUAGAUGUGUGGUGGAGCUCACAGAUUCAUCAGUUGUUCCAGAAGUAAAUAUAUCAAGAUGUCUCAUAGAAAAAGGCUGUGCAGCUGAAGAUUCAAGAAUGGCCUUGCAAGCAUUUGAAACGGGUGAUGUUAAGCAAGUAAAUAAGGACACAGCAAACAAAAAACAAUGCAAGUGGAGUAAAUUCUCUCAUAAACAAGCAGUGGAUGUGGUAGUGUGUACGCUGUAUAGUCCUGGAGAAUUCUACUGUCAGAUUGCAGAUAGCAAUGAGUUACGUGCUCUAAACUCACUUAACAAAUCAUUGUUUGAAUACUGCCAGAAAACUCCUCCAAAUGUUUUUAAGCCUGAAAAAGGAGAUCCUUGCUGUGCUUUAUUCUCUGAUGAUGGUAACUGGUACCGUGCUUUGGUGGAAAACAUCAUUUCAGAUAGAGUUGUUCAAGUUCGAUUUGUGGACUAUGGGAAUGUUGAAGAAGUACCAGCGGAUAACAUACGGCAGAUUCCAUCCUCAUUCCUAGAGCUGCCAUUCCAAGGAAUUAAAUGCUGGCUUUCAGGUAUAAAGCCUGCUGGUAGCAAAUGGGACUCAAAAGCUACAGAAAGAUUCCACAAGUGCACUGCAGGAGUGAAGCUUGAAGCCAGAAUAACUUCAUUUUCCAGAGAUGGGGCAGGUGUAGAACUCAUUGACAAUUCUAUGGCUCAUCCAAAAGUGAUCAAUGAGAUGCUAAUGUCUGAGAAAUUGGCUACAAAGGAAGAUAAACAAGAUAAAGAAACUUUUCCAAGUCAGUCUGAUGGAAAAGUAGCAGCGUCACUCAGGCACUGGGAGUCGAUUGAAUUGGCAGUGGAUCAAACUCUACCUGUCUGUGUGACAGAAGUUAGAAGCCCAGAUUUGUUUUAUGUUGUACCAGCUUAUUGCAAAGACGGAGAUAAACUACUUAAGCAGUUGUCUGAACUGCAGGACUAUUGUAAAUCCUGUAAGAAGCAGCCUUUUAGACCAAAGCUAGGUGAAGCCUGUUGUGCCAAGUUUUCAGUUGAUGGGUGUUGGUACAGAGCUGUUGUUCUAAAAGUAUCUCAGUCCACAGUUGAAGUGCUGUAUGCAGACUAUGGGAACAUAGAAACUGUACCGCUUUCAGAUGUGCUGCCAAUCACUGAUUCCUUCCUCAAGUUUCCUUUUCAGACAAUUUCAUGUUCACUUGCAGGAAUAAAGAAAGUUGAGUGGUCUCCGCUGGUUCUUUACUCACUGAAGGAAAUGAUACUGAAUAAAUAUGUCACAAUCACAGUGAAAGGAAUUAAUGGAAAUACUAAAUUGGUAGAAGUGGAGAAAGAGAGUGAAAAUGGUAGUGUGAAUAUAGCGGACAAAUUAGUAAUGGAGGGUUUGCUGAGAUACUGCGAAGCUGCAAACUCCGAUGUUACACAUCAAGGCAGUAGAAGUGAGACCAAAUGCUGCUGCGCAGAAUUAAAAAUGCAGCUUAAAAAACAUGAACAGGUUCUCCUAUUCCUUUUAAACAAGCGCCACAAUCCAGACAGAUAUGAAGAAAUGAGGAAAAUGUUGGAAAGCUGAGUCUGAAGUUAUGUUCCAUUUAUAUAAAAUCACAGAAUCACAAGGUUGGAACAGACCUACAAGAUCAUCUAUUUUUGAAAGAGCCGUUUUAUUUAUCUUGCUAAAAAUGAGAGUUGCUUCCUCUGUUGUUUAUAGAACCGUAUCAGUCUGUAUAUUUGGACUGUUAUCAGAUGUAUUGUGUUAAUGAUUUCAAAGCUGCAAGCUGAAUUUUCUGUUCUGUUUUUGUUUGGUAGCUCAGUGUUGGUAAGCUUUUUCAUUUUUAUUUUGCUAUUGAAUUCAUUUAAGUUUAUGGAAUUGUCGCAGCACCUUGAGAAUACCUUGUUAAAUUUAAGAUUAUUGUAAUCAUAAAGUUCAACUUUUAGUAUGGUUGAAACUCAACUCUUGGGAAGAGUAGAUAAAACCAUUUCCCCUUGUCCUGCUGUUAAGUUGAGGAAGGGAAAAUUUGGGUUGAAUGUCGGGGAAGUUCUUUAAUAUGAGAGUAUAGAGGUGCUGGAACAGCUGCCCAGAGAGGCUGUGGAUGCCCCAUCCAUCCCUGGAGGUGUUCAGGGGCCAGGUUGGUCGGGGCCCUGGGCAGCCUGGCCUAGUAUUAAAUGUGGAGUUUGGUGGCCAUUCUGUCAUUCUGUGAUUGAUUUGACUGAACUCUAUCAUAGCCUUUCUAGUCUUUCAACUUAAUUUUAUGCCCGUGUAAAGUUAGACAGAAAAUUUUCUUCAUAAACCUGUUUUCAGCAUCGCUAAAGGCUGUCUUCUCAGUUUCUACCUUAUCAUGUUUUUUCAUGCUCAUAGAGAAGUCCUGUUCUGGGAUAUGACAAUCCA